UCCCAACACACACAUGCACAUUCUACACACACACUCUAGGACACACACACACAGAGGCAUCCUGCUUCCUGAGUGCAUGCUACGAUGCUGCUUCGGCGGGACAGUCUCCCACAUACACACACUCGCGCUACAUGCUCACCCUCACUCACACACACUAUACACACACUCUGCUAUACACUGAGGGAGCACCAAAGCAGCGCUGUAAAUCAAAUCCGGGGCAAACCAUGCAAAUGCAGUAUAACGCGAUGCAAAGAGGCCCCGAGAAGAGAGAGAGGGGGGCAUUUCAUAUAGGCAAAGACAAAGUCUGAAUUCAAUUUGCUCAGUUUGCUGGAAAAUUUCUAUCAAAUUAUAACGCCAUUUGAAUUGCUAAGCAAACUGGCCAUCAGUAUACAUUGGUACGUUGUUUUCCUCCAGGUCAGAAGAUCUUGUCCAUCUGUGUUUGUAGUUUCCGCUUUUUGAAAGCUUUUGAGAAUAUUUUAUGUCUUCUUUUAAUGUAUUCAUGUCUGGUGGGAUAAAAGGAGGUCAGUUUGAAUGUCCGUGGGAAGGCAAGAAUAUAGAUCGAGGCACCAUGGUUUUACGCUAACACUGCAAAGACUUUUUACUAAAAGAAGUGCUUGACAGGAACAAGACAGGAUUUAUUGGAUGCCAUUCUGCUAUGCUCUCUUCAUUUGAUCACUGUUUGCACAUCCCAUUUGCGACGUUUGCUUGUUGCCCGGAACGGGAGGUAGAGAUGGUUUCUAACUAGUCGAACUGUGCUUGCAGGAAGCAUAGGAGCCAAGCCACAGAGCGCCACGGAUCAACUUCUCCUGGCCAUGCAGAGCGCAGCGGCCAACAGCAGUGCUCUCCGGACUCCAAGCAGUACAGCCCUGUCAACAGUAGCAGGGACAAAAGGAUAUCAGACAGGUGGAUCUCAAGCGAGUAGCCAAGCCGUGAGCUCCUUGCCCCUAGGGAGCCAAGCCCAGCAUCAACCCCAGCUUCUAAUGAGCCCUGCUCUCCAGGGGGCACAGCCUAUUCUUGCCAAUCAGCUAUCUGGAGCCCAGCAGUUGUUGACCAUCCCCUCUAACGGUGGUCAGCAGCAGAUCUUGACCCUUCCCAUCACCAACGCUGCUGGUCAGCAGCAAAUCCUCACCAUUCCUGUCACGUUAGCCCAGGGGGCUGGAGGGAUCCAGUUCCUGAUCCCGACUGGGACCGGUGGACAGUUCCUGGCCUCGCCCAACCUUGCCAACCUUGGAGCCAUGCCCUCACAAGUUUUACCGUCAACUCUUGCUGCAAUUCCCAGCAUAACAAGCAGCACCAAUGUCGUCUCGUCGGCGGCACACUAUGCCAAAACCAGUCAGAUGACCUCAGCUACCACGCCCCUUCCUCCCGUCUCGGUCCUCACCGGUCAGACGGGGUUAGGUACGCUCCCUUUACCACAGGUCUUGAUGGGAGCAGGGGGGCAGGUGCUGUCUGUGUCUGCACCCAGUAGUUCUAUAUCACAUGCACACCCCAAAACAAUCAGUACAACAUCUGUUCCUAGUUUAGUAACAACGCAGAAUAGUCAAGCACUGCCCUCGCUUGCCACAGUAACGCAAGGUCUGAUGCGUACCUCAGCCAAUCAUCUCAGCCUAUCAGCGCUUGGCACAACACAAUCUGUGCAUAUUUCUCAUCCAUCUACCACCUCUAACCCCACCGCUUCCCUCUUCGCAUCACAUAAACUCAGCAAUGCUUCAAGUGCCACCGCACAAGCAUUAUCUCUUCACGGACUAGCAGGUCUAAACACAGCGCAAGGCACCGUCAUCUCCCAUAUAGCUGCAGCCCAGGGCUCCCAGAGCAGUGUCGCACAGAUCCUUCCUAGUCAGCUGGUCCGGAGCUCCAUUGCCUCCAGUCAAGCAAGCCAGGUCGGCGGGGUCACUCAGGUCCCUGGAGGUCAUCAGGUGGUGGUCUCCACGACGACGGCGACGAGCGGUGGUGGGAACCACGUGACGGGAGGAUUGGCGAGUCCAGGUAGAGUGAGUAACAUGGGUAAUGCUGCAGAGGUGGACGGAAUCAACUUGGAAGAGAUCAAGGAGUUUGCCAAAGCUUUCAAGAUCCGAAGACUGUCUCUUGGUCUGACCCAAACACAGGUUGGUCAAGCCCUUAGCCAGUCAGAAGGACCAGCGUACAGUCAAUCAGCCAUUUGCAGAUUUGAGAAGCUUGACAUCACACCAAAGAGUGCACAGAAGAUAAAGCCUGUCUUAGAGAGGUGGAUGGCUGAAGCCGAGGAGAGACACAAAAACGGUCUCAAUCAACUCACCGACUUCAUCGGCAGCGAACCGGUCAAAAAGCGCAAGCGACGGACCUCGUUCACGCCUCAGGCUCUGGAAUACCUCAGUCGGCACUUUGAGAAGAACACGCACCCGACCGGCGCCGAGAUGACGGCGCUCGCGCAGGAGCUGAAUUACGACAGGGAGGUGAUCCGCGUCUGGUUCUGCAACAAGCGGCAAGCGCUAAAGAACACGAUAAAGAAACUGAAAGCUGCUGAUACUACCAUGAAUAAUAACUCAGAGGAGAUCAUGGAGAGAUCAACUGUUGUCGUGGAGAGCCCAGAGCAUGUCUAAUGUGCGUUGCUCUCUGAGAAAUCAAAAUGGAAAUUGGCUCUAAAAGCUAGGUGGAGAUUGAGGUUCACUGCAGGGAAGAUAUGAAGGACAUUUCCUAGUAUUCACGAGACUCUGUGAGAUAUUUGAGAUUGAAAGCGGGUGGACAGGACACAGAAAUGUAUGAAUGGGACCAUGAUGAACCCAACGAAUUGAAGUAUAGUGAGGGGUCAUAUAGCUGGAUUGAAUGUGACCAAAGAGAUGCUUAAACACUGAAGAGUGAGCUGUGCUCAUAUAUGAACUUGUGACCAGGAUGAUUGCUGGCUGUUGGGAGCUUGGAUGAAUCGACUGCAAAUGGAAGAAUAUUCCUAUCAAAUGAAUCUAAUGAUUUUCUUUCCCCAUUUUCUCUGUCCUUUCUCAAUUGUGGAUCAAGAGCGGACCCCAGUCUUAAAUCAAACUUUUUUUCUAGAGCUCGGUAUUCCAAAUAAUUUAAGCAGGUAUUUUGGAACCCUUUCCUCAUUCCCAAUGGUCUUCUUUGAGAAAUAGAUAAGAUCUUGUUUGCAUAAAUUCAUAUCUUAUUAGUAUCCACAUGAUACACAUGAUACACAGUUAACCAUUGCUACUGUUUUUGUUGUAGUAGAUUAAUAUAAAUUAAGAAAUGUAAUAAUUACUGUCAUGACUAUUGUGACAAGUAUUGUACUGAUUACACAGGUUGAAUAAUGUGAAUUUCUCAAUCAAAUUUAAACAAUUUGUCACAUUAAAAAAAAAAUUGGAGCCCUCCUUUUGAAUUAAUGUCCCUAAGGUGUGUGCAUGCAUCAUGCACCAAAUAAUUUCUAUUCGUUCGAGAAGGACCAAAUUUGAAGAUACAAAUUUUCAUGUUUGUAUCACCAUAUUGUUCAGAUGGAAAACUUGAUGACGGAUAGGAAUCGUGAACAACAAAGAAAUUUCAAGAAAGUUUCUGAAUGUUUUUAAGAUUGUUACAAUAUGCUGCUUGUAUGACAGAGACUGUUAAUCAAAUGUUGGGUCAAUGUUUCCUUUGUUUUUUUGUAGAUAGGAAGAUCCACCUCUGGACCAAUGUUUCAUGGAAUGUUCGUGAAACUUUGUGACUUUUUAUUCAACUAUAUGGUGUCUAUUGUUUUUAUGCUUUGUUUUUUGCAUUUCCACUGGUUUGGAAAGGUCUAGAUGAGCAAUGUUUGCUUCAAUACCUGUAUGGCUGUGGUGCUUUGAGAGAAAAAUUGUAAAUGUACCAUAUUACCGACUUAUUUAUUGUAUUUAAAAAAGAAGAAAAUACUGAUGAUAGAGUUUUGUAUGUUAUGUUUAUUCGCUUUACCCCCUAGAAAAAGAUUUUCUAAUCUGUCUGUAAUUUGUUUGUGCAAUGGGCAUUAUCCAGCCAAGUUUUGUUCUCGAAGGAGGUGUUGAACUAUUAAGUCUUUAACUUUAAUAUAUAAACUCCAUAUCUGAAUUGAAUUUGGGAGAGUGAAGUAAGUCUUGGACCAAUUUGGGAAAAGCUCCUGGGAUUUUAAAAGGUCAUUCUUUAUAAGGUAUCCGUCUCUUCCGUUUGCCCACACAGAAAUGAAUAGAAGGAAAGCAAACAUAUUAUCCAAGUAAGUACAUGUUUUAGUGCUGUGUUUCGUAAACUGCUAUAUAUACUACAUGUAUGAAGCUAAACACUACAUAUAACAAAAAAACUACAUUGAAAGGCAUAGCCUGGGACUACAUUAAAGGGUUUACAUCUUGCUGGAUGGAUCUCAUGAAAGAAA